AUGGGUUUUAAAGGACGAUUUCCUCGAUGGGUUACAGCAGUUCUAGGAAUAGCUCAAUUGUUAUUAACUGCUGCUAUUAUUGGUUUAGAAUUAGGUUCUGAUUAUAUUGAUCUUGCUCAUGGUACAAUAUGGAUAGGAUUUUGGGCUGGUCUUAUUUAUAUCAUAGCAUGUAUUAAAAUGCUUUGUAUCACUUGUUGUUGUCGAGGUCGUUAUUAUGCGACUUAUCUUCUUAUUCUGAACAUGGUUUAUUGGCUUGUGUAA